AGUUUUCUGUACAUUUUAUCAAGGCAUAAAUAAUUUUUGUCUGUUUAACUUUUGGCCCAAUUGCGUACCUGUUGAAAGUUACCUAAGCAUACGUUAAGGAGGAGGAGUUUCUAGCACGUGUGCCAUUGAUAUUCAAAUCCUGACUGUCUACCUGUAUGUGGCUGCAUAUCAGCUUGCCAACCUGCUACCUGUGAGCAUUUAAAAUCCUGCCACUGCCGCACAGAUUGCAUCAUUCGGGUGUAGACAAGCCAAACGGAAGCACUCUGAUUUGAGCAAAGCAAUUGCAAAUACGAAUACGUAUACAUAGAGCAGGAUAAUGUCGGAGAGUAGUACGUGCAACAAGCAAUGCAAUGGCGUUGAAUCGGUCAGUUAUGCAUUGUAUAUGCAUCGGCAGGAGUUGCAGCGCCCAAAGCGUUGCCGUCGCCUCAUGCGAGUGGCAAGCACCAAGUUGCAGCUGACAAAUGAGCUGAUCUCGUUGCAGCAACGCCAAUGGGAACUGGAGGCGCCCAGCUAUCAGCAGCGUGCGGCAUUAAAUCGUGAGCGCCAAUACCGUGAUCUAUUAAAGCACAACAUGCAACAGCAGCUGCUGAAGCAGCAACACAAACAGCGCCAACAUCUACAGGCAACACUCAACAGACACUAGAAACGAGAACUGAGAAACGAAAAGUAAAUGUUGACUACAUAUC